AUGGCCCAUGGAAAUCAACCAGAACUUGCCCUCCAGAAAAUCACGAAGAAAUCCUGGGAAAUUCGCAAGGGAAAAAGCAAGGAUAGCUUGACCAUGUCUUAAGAGAGCAGAAGGACUCAGUUAAUGCAGCUAAAGCAGAAGGCAACUAAUGAGAAAAAGUCUAUGCAGACAAGAGACAAAUGA